UUGGUAAAAGUAAAAUUUCAGAAGGGGAAAGCGGAUGAAGAAAGCAAAUUGGCAGAAACUAAAAUACAAGUUUCUUGCCAUUUCACCUUCCAAGAGAUUCUCUCUCUCUACCUCCUUAAAUGGCUUGGCAAUUUUGUGGAUAUAUACAACAUUAAACUCAUGCAUUCAGAGAGAUUCUCUGUCUCUGUCUCUCUCUCUCUCAACAGGCGUUACGUUCUUGCAUUCUCCGCCUAGUGGGUUUGGCUUGUUGGGUCAAUAGAGAAACUGAAAGGGGGAGAAACCAUAGAAAUUGUAGAACCAUGGAAGAUUCGUGUGAAAUGCAUUCUGAAGACAAUAAAGCUCUUCCAGAGACGAACAGGAAAAGAAAGCUCAAGACAACAGCUCAGGUUGAGGCUUUAGAAAAUUUUUUUAAUGAACACAAAUAUCCAACAGAAUCAAUGAAAUUGGAACUUGCAGAGUCAUUACAACUGACAGAAAAGCAAAUUUCCGGGUGGUUUUGCCACAGAAGGUUGAAGGAUAGGAAAUUACUGAUUGAUGAAGCAUAUGCAAAUGGAAGACAAGAUCGAUCAAGUGGAGUUAUACAAGAUCGUGGCAGUGGACUUAGGCAGGAUUCAUGUGGCAGCACCAAACAAGGGGAUUACAGGCAUUUUGAUCCAAGGGAGGUUGAAAGUAGAAGGUUUAGUGGCCAAGAUUUUUCAGCUGUAGAUGUCACAUAUGAGCAUGGGAGUCACUAUACUGGCAACCAUAGUGGCACAGAUGAUACAUCUUCAGGAAGUAGCUCUCCUUUACAGAAUAAAAUUUUCAACCAAAAUGAGGUUCAUUUUGAUAUGACAACUUCAAGAUACCCAACACAGCAUAAUAAUAUUUUGCCAUUAGAUGCAAAGGGUGUACAAAUGAGGAAGGGGCCAUCUGGAUAUCUAAAGGUGAAGGGUCAGGUUGAGCAUUCUGCUAUUACUGCUGUUAAGAGGCAACUGGGGAGGCAUUACAGGGCAGAUGGUCCAAUGCUAGGUGUUGAAUUUCAGCCGCUUCCGCCUGGUGCAUUUGAGUCUUCAACUAGGGAUCCAGUCAAUGAACCUUACUAUGUUGGUGAUUCCAUUCCGCCCCAUUCAUUGGAUGUUCCUAGAACUUGCAAGCAACCUAAUCCUACUAUGAGAUAUGAAGUAUACAAUUCCAAGAUGGGCUCUCACGACUCGGAAUUGGAUGGGACAAGUCUUAAAAAUAUGCAUGGGUCUGAUUAUCAUGAAAAUUACCCCCUCCAAUUUAAGAAAAAGUUGUCUUUGCCCAAUCAUAGCAAUCCCUUUCCUGGCCGGAAUUCAUCAGUAGAAAUGAAUGAAGAUUCUGCUGGAGAAACCUCAAUUUUUGACAGCAGAACUUAUGGGAUGGGGGCUAAGCACAGUAACGAAGGGAUGAGAAUGGAUUCUGUGUCUAGUCAUCAUCUGCAUCAAUAUGGUGGAAAAAUCACAAGUGAACAAACAGAACCUUGGUUGCAUAACUAUGGUGAUGUAAGCCACAAGGUUGCUCAGAAGGAAUACUAUGAAUCUAAACCUUCACAGUUGACGCUAAAGCGCGGUGAACCUAUUGCUAUGGAGGAAAGAGGGAUGUCUAGAAAGAUGGCUAAGGAGGAAAAAUUCUAUGGAGAGGGGGGAGCAAUAAAUGAGUAUUUUGAUCCUGUUAAACCAAAUAUUCAUCCAGCAAAUGAAGUCGCAAAGAGAGGCAGGAAUGAAUUUCAUCGGCAACAGUAUCGGAGGAAAGCAUCAAUGGUAGAAAUGCUGCCUUGGACAACUCAGAUCAAAAGAUCCGGUGCAGAGAUGCCAUCUAGUUUCAGCGAGGAUGAAACUGUGGAAACAAGUUCUUCCAUGGAUUAAGAAACUGCUGGCAGUGGAAUGGAAAAAGUUUUAGAGAAGGUGGUUCUCAAGAUCAUACCUACCCGAGGGAGAGAAUGGUGACCUGAUAUGAAGUUGUAUAGUUUAAAACAUGUUAGAAUGCAGGAAGUAGUGGUACAAACAUUGUAAACAGGAUGUAUCUGUGCAUUAAUGUCGCGACCAAUUUGCUAAUUAGCUCCUUUAGGUCCUUGUUUAUAUAGUGAUGUACAUAUCAAUUUUCCUUUGGGACAUCAUUGUGGAAAGAAACUGAAUAGGGUUUUGAACUUUUGACUGAAAA